ACGCCACCAAGACAAGACAAGAUGGAAAUCACAGAUUUACUGCUCCUUGUAGUGGUUGCUCAGUCAUUUGCUAUGCCUCUAUCAUCACUGGAGGAGACUAAAAAGUGGCUAUUAGCCGAGAAAUACCUCCGCAGGUUCUACAACCUUCGAGCUGGACUUCAGGGAACAAAGACUGACAGGUCUUCAGACGCCAUGCAGGCUAAGAUCAGGGAGAUGCAGUCCUUCUUCAACCUCCAGGUGACGGGGAGCCUGGACGCUAACACCCAGGAGCUGAUGAGCAUGGCCAGGUGUGGUGUCCCUGACGUGGGGGAAUACAACCACUUCCCCCGACACCUCAAAUGGCAGAACACCAUUGUGACCUUCAGAAUAGUGAAUUAUACUCCUGAUCUGAAGAAGGCUGAUGUGGACAGAGCUAUCCGUAACGCCUUCAGCAUCUGGGCUGACGUCACUCCUCUGACCUUCAAGAAACUGCAUGAGGGGAAGGCUGACAUCAUGAUUUUAUUUGGGACAAAAGAACAUGGAGACUUCAACCCUUUUGACGGCCCUGACGGUCUCUUAGCCCAUGCUUAUCCCCCUGGCAGAGACAUUGGAGGAGACACACACUUUGAUGAAGAUGAACAUUGGUCAAAAGACUCAGACGCCUACAACCUUUUCCUGGUGGCCACCCAUGAGUUUGGCCAUGCCCUUGGCUUGUCCCAUUCUACUGAUCCUGGAGCUCUGAUGUACCCAGUCUACUCCUAUAGCCAGGGUUACCCACUGUCUGAAGAUGAUAUCACCGGCAUUCAAGCUCUUUAUGGCCCGAACCCCAGGCACAGGAAAGUGAAGCCGAAGCCAGAUGCCCCAAACAAAUGUGACCCCAUGUUGAGUUUUGAUGCUGUUACUGAGCUCAGAGGAGAAACAAUCAUAUUCAAAGACAGGUUUUACUGGCGUCUCCAUCCCCAGUUUGCAGAGCCUGAGCAAACCCUGAUCAAAUCCACCUGGCCCUCUCUCCCCAACAAAGUGGAUGCUGCCUAUGAGUACCCUGAGAAAGACAUGGUCUUCAUAUUCAGUGGUAUUAAAAUGUGGGCUCUGAAUGGCUAUAACCUGGUGGAGGGCUACCCCAAAUACAUCCAUAAACUGGGACUCCCCAAGACCGUGCGGACGGUGGAUGCUGCUGUGUACAUCCCAGACACCGGCAAGACACUGUUGUUCUCUGAGGAACAUUACUGGAGUUAUAAUGAGAAGACUAACACAAUGGACAGCGGCUUCCCAAGAUCUAUUGAGAUGGAUUUCCCUGGAAUGGCAGAGGAGGUGGAUGCUGCUGUAUAUCAAUAUGGAUAUUUGCAUUUCUUCCAUGAACACACACAGUUUGAAUACAGCUACAGUGCACGGAAGGUCAUUCAGAUUGUUAGGACAAACUCCUUUCUCAACUGCUGAUCCACUGGUGGAGAACUACUGUUAUGUUAUGGGAAACGUACCAAUAGGUAAUUUGUGCUGGACACCUGCUUGUCAUUGUUAUUUCUAACUCAUCUCAAAGGAUGCUGGAAAAUGUUAUGUAAAAUGGAUGGCUUAUGCCUAGAACUAAUGCAGAAACCAUUAUACAGGGUCUUGAUUUAUGGUGGCACAAUAUUCACAUCACUUGUUGUAAUAUUGAAAUAGAAAUCACUCUGUUACACUGUAUAAUACUGUAAUUGCAUCUCUCUCUAGAUAGAAAUGUUACUUGGGGAGGUUACAAUAAUAUUGAUUCCAGCAAAUUAAAUUGGAUUGUUGUGUUUCAGAUCCACCAACAGGUGGCAGUCAAGGAAAUAAAAUCUCGAGUAUGAGCUAAUGCAUUUUAUAGACUGAAUGUUUUUACUAUUUAAUUUAUUGACUUAAUGACACAUUUUUAUGAAUAAAAUGAUGAG